AUGACACUACUACGAUACGCCGGCGGGGACGGCGUGGCAUCGACGCCGUUGCUGAGUUUCAGUUUCAGUUUAAGCACUGUUCUGCUUCUUAUCUUUGUUCUUAUCUCGAUAUAUCUCAUCGCCAACACCAUCUACAACUGCUUCUUCCAUCCGCUCGCGUCGUUCCCGGGCCCCAAGCUAGCGGCAGCCACUCGACUAUGGUACGUGUCCCGAUUGAUCAACGGAACACUGUCGCGCGAGGUGCGAGACCUGCACCACCAAUACGGCCAUGUGGUGCGAGUGGCGCCCAACGAGCUCUCGUACAGUUCCAGCAAGGCGUGGGACGACAUCUACGGGUUCCGCCACGGCAAGCCCGAAAUGGCCAAGGACACGCCCUUCUACACCAACGAAUCGCAGCCGCCGGGCAUCCUGUCGGCUAAGCGGGAGAAACACUCACUUUUUCGUCGCCUCAUGUCGCGCGGCUUCUCGGAGGCGGCGCUGCGUGAACAAGAGCCCCUGAUCCAGGGAUAUGUCGAUCUGCUGAUGCGGCGGCUGCACGAGAAUGCGGGGCAGGGCACCAAUACGAUUGAGAUAGUGUCGUGGUUUAAUUAUUUCACAUUCGACCUCAUCGGCGACCUCGCAUUCGGCGAGCCGUUCGGCUGUCUCCAGACGUCCAGCUACCACCCGUGGGUCAAGAUGAUCUUCGACGCGAUCCACCUCGUGGCAUUCAAGCAGGCGUUGGGCUACUACCCACAACUCGACCGACUAGUGCCGUACCUAGUACCCAAGUUCCUGGCCGACCGGUACAAGGCGCACGACGACAUGACGCGCGAAAAGGCGCUGCGCCGCAAGGAGAGCAAGGUCGACCGCGCCGACUUUGUGUCCAACCUGAUCAAGCCCGAGAGCAACAUCUCCGACCCCGAGUUGUUCGGCAACUCGUCCACGCUGAUCAUAGCCGGCAGCGAGACCACCGCCACCGUGCUGAGCAGCGUGUCGUGGUUUCUGCUGCAGAAUCCUCGAGUCUACGCUGCCCUCGUCGCCGAGGUCCGCGCGAGUUUUUCCUGUCCCGCCGAUAUCAACCUCGUCAAUAUCAACCAGCUCAAGUAUAUGCUCGCCUGUCUGAACGAGUCGCUGCGGCUGUUUCCGCCGGUCCCGAGCGGUCUGUCUCGUAUGGUGCCUGAGGGGGGGGAUUGGAUUGAUGGCCAAUGGGUGGCUGGGGGGACCCACGUCAGCGUCCUCCAACUCGCCGCCAAUACCAGCGCCGCCAACUUCUCGCACCCCCUGGAAUUCAUCCCUGAGCGGUGGAUGGACGACCCGCGCUUUGUGGGCGACGACCGCGCCGCCAUGCAGCCGUUCAGUACGGGGCCUCGAAACUGCAUUGGAAAGAACCUCGCCUUUCUCGAAAUGCGCCUCGUCCUCGCCCGUCUGCUGUGGGAAUUCAAUCUCGAGCUAGUGCCCGGGCCGAAGAAGAAAUGGGACGACGCCCGCGUCUUUCUGAUCUGGGAGAAGAACCCGUUAUAUGUGCGCUUGAAGCCAGUGGUGCGGACCUAG